ACACGACUGUCUCCAUUGGCAACGAGGAGAACAAACUUUUGAGUUGAUGGCAACUUUGAGAAGAACAACAUGGGGGAUGCGGACUUCAGCAAAUACGAUUUAGCACGUUUACAGGACGAGUUGGCGCAGGAGAGAGAGAUGAAAGAGAUGCUGCAGGAGUCUGUGUGUGAUCUGGGGAGCACUAUGACAGAGUUGGAGGAGAGACUAAACAGUGUGAACCUUGAGGGUAACGAGUGGAAGACCCGGUACGACACGCAGGUGGAGCUGAACGGUCGGCUGGAACAUCAGAUCACUCUUGUUCACGAAAAAAUGGAGGACCUGCAGAGAAACCCCAUGGAUCGAUUAGCCUCAAUACGAUCCUAUUAUGAGGUCCCAGUGGAUGCACUGAGGCAGAAGCUGAAGGUCCUGACCACUGAGAAGGCAGUGCUGCAGGGUCAGCUGUCAGACUGCAGACUGAGGAUCGAACAGGAGGGGAAGGCCUUUUAUAAAGCCAAUGCCGUGAGGCGUGUGUAUCUGUCAGAAAUAGCUAAGUUGUCAUCAACCCUGGAUGUCACCAGGCGUCAAUACCAGGUCCAGCCACAGAGGGAGAGGGCGCCAGAGAGCCAGCAGUACCCUGUCCAGCCACACAGGGCACCAGAGAGCCAUAUGAGGAAGGGGAAGCAGACCAGUAAGCAGUCAGGAAGAGAGGGAGGAAGAGGAGGAGGAGGUGGAAGAGAGGGAGGAAGUGGUGGAGGAAGAGACAGAGGAAAAGAGGGAGGAAGAGGAGUCGGGAAGGCUGAGUUGGGAAGCAGGUUACCCAUACUGAAACACUGAGUCAUCUCUCAUAUAUAUAUAUAUAUAUAUAUAUAUAUAUAUACAACAAUGCUGGUUUGAUUUGUGUAAUAAAAUU